AUGGAAGAUGAAAUACUCAAUGACCCAUUAAAUUAUCAAACUGAAGGUGUUCAAAAUGACCAAACUCAUUUUCACAUUGACCUUGCAUUAAUACCAUUAAUUUUAAUAUACUUGCCGUUAAUAUUUACUUUUCAAAUAAAUUCAUUAGCACAUUUAAUGAAAGGGCUUGUAGGAACAAUUAUCCCGUGUUGUAUUAUUAGUGGGUGUAGAAUAAUUAUUGAAUACUUUAUUCUUCGUCCAUUGUUUCAUUCUGUCCUUCCUUUUUCCUUACCUAAAUUACGUCGUAGAGAAAAAGGUCAUUUAUAUGCAACUUCUAUUUAUGACAUUGGUGUUAAUCUUAUUUUAAUUCCAUUCAGCUUUCAUGUAUUUAGAUUAGAAGAUUGGUUUCCAUCAGAAUUGUUUGGAAAAGAAGAAACAACCUCAUUAUUUGAAAAUUAUCCUAAUACAUCUUUGUCUUCAAGCUUAUUAUUCUUUAUUUGUUUUCAACUAGGGCAUAUUAUUCAUUCAAUUAUAUUCCAAUUUGUUACUUCAUUUACUCAGUAUAAUGAAAUUGCUUAUCAAUUAUUAAAAGGGUUAUUUUUGAUAUACGCCUUCAUUAUUCAUUACUACCGUUUUUCAGUAAUAUUUAUCAUUAUAUUAGAUAUUCUUGAAGUGAUUAAAAACAUUGAAUUUUUAAAACUAAACUUGAGUAUUAAAUUUUCUUUUAUACUCUCUUUAUGUUCACUUCUCAUAAUUUUAAGAGUAUUAUACAUUAUUCCAUUUUGUCUUAUUAAGCCAUUAUUUGAUAAUUAUUCUAUACUUGUUGAUGAAGAUAAUAAGUGGCUUGGUGUUGGAUCUUUUAUCAUUGUUAUUCUCUCUACAACAGCAUUACUCUUCUUGUUAUUGUUUGAUAUUAUUCUUCUAUAUAGAAAAUUAAUUUUAGGUUGGUACUCUAUUAAAUCUCAACAACUUAUUUAA